CAAAGAGCACGAGGAAGCGUUGCUAUGGAAAAACAACCUUGACGACAUGAAGGCGCUGUAAACAGUUUAAAAAAACUUACAAAUGGAUUAGCAUUAGAACUAAUUUGCAAUUUAAAUUUGACCAGUGCCGCUGUUUUAUGAACUGAUUGACGGUGAUACGCGGAGUACAUUGACUUCUUAUGGCAGAGUUGCAUAUUAUUGGACAGAUCAUUGGGGCCAGCGGUUUCCCACAGAGCAGCCUCUUCUGCAAGUGGGGUGUACAUACAGGAGGAGCAUGGAGACUUCUUUCUGGUCUAAAGGAAGGCCAGACUCAAGUGGACAUGCCUCAAACAGGGGAUAUAGCAUACUGGAGUCAUCCCAUUGAUUUGCACUAUACCACCAAGGGCCUACAAGGAUGGCCAAAGCUUCAUCUUCAAGUGUGGCAUCAGGACUCCUUUGGGCGAUGCCAGCUAUAUGGUUAUGGUUAUUGCCAUGUACCAUCAAGCCCAGGACAGCAUCGUCUGCAGUGUGUGACAUGGCGACCACUGGGAUCCUGGCAGGAUCAACUUUCUCAGAUUUUUGUUGGUGGAGGACCACAGCUGCGCUCUCCAGAUCUCAUUUACAGUGGAGCAGACAGAUACAGGCUCCACACUGUUGCCAUGGGAACAGUAGAAUUAGAGCUGUGCAUCAUUCUGCGGCACUUUGACCGAUAUGGUGUGGAGAGUUGAGAAUGGAUCGCAGAUUGUUGCAUAUUUCAGUGCAGAUCAGAGAAGUGCUAUGGAGUGGAUAAAAAGUUUUGUUAUAUUGGAUGGAUGUACUAACAUGGUGUGUGUGAUUUUCAUAAUGCAAAUUUAUAGUGUAUAGGAUGCUAUGAUGAUUAACAAAAUUUUGGUGAGAGCUGAAUUUGUUUGCGAGUCUGUAUGUGUAUUUUUGACAUCAAGCAUAUACUUUUUUAUUUUUUGUACACUUUUUGUACGCUUUGCACAUUUUAUACAAAUAUAUGUUGUGUGUUUUUUUUGUUUUGUUUAUGUAGAUGUUUUUUGUCAAUCAAAUUAAACAGUUUUCAAAGGUGGAUCAUUUCUGACCAUACAUUUUGAAUAGUUUCUCAUGCAGUGGUCUGAUUAUAGGGUACAUUACAUGAAAACCUUUCAACAGCCUCAUCUAUUGGGAUGACCUCUCUCAGUACACUGCUUGUACUUCUAUUUUUUGGUAUGUGCGUAAUUCAUCAAACCACACCCUGUGAACCUUAUCAGUCCAGUUGAUUAUGUCUCAUCAAAUCUUGCUUUAGCAUGCUCUGUGUUUUAGAGAUAAUGAGAAUCAACACUUUGAUAGUCUGCAAAAGAUCUUUGUUGCCUUUUGAGUGGAGUUUCUAACUGCUUUAGUGAGGCUGAAGAAAAAUACUUACAUGGUUCAUCAUGUUUUUAUAAGCAGAAUGCAUUGAUUCAGAGUAAGAGAGAGGAACAAUGUUUAAAAGAGUUUUCC